CCAUCAUCCAUAAAGUUAGCCAACUCAAAAAAGAAAGCCAAAUUACAAGCAACUCCAAAACAUUCUAUCCUUGCAUCAAAGACAGCUGCAGACAAAAACUAGUUGAUUUUUCUCCAUCACUUUGCCUUUUUGUAAUAACCUCUCUUUUUCCCUUCUUCCGAAACAUCCAUGGAUAGUGCUCAAUGGACGCAGGAAUUUGGAGUUGCAAGAUCAAGGCCAGAAGGUGCACCAAAUGCAUGCAGCAAGCCAGCAACAAAUGAGAGAAAAGUGAGGCCACAGAAAGAGGAAGCCAUAAACUGCCCAAGAUGCCACUCCACAAACACCAAAUUCUGCUACUACAACAACUACAGCCUCACCCAGCCAAGGUACUUUUGCAAGACUUGCCGCCGCUACUGGACCGAGGGCGGAACCCUAAGGAACGUCCCGGUGGGCGGAGGCUCUAGAAAGAACAAGAGAUCUUCUUCUUCUUCUUCCUCCUCCUCUUCUCUCUCAACCAAUAUUUCCCAAUUCUCAUCUCAAAACCCUAAAAUCCACCAUCAUCAAGGCCAUGACCUCAAUCUAGCUGGACCACCACAUGAUUACAGCCAGUUUCUCGACUUCCCUAAGAUUGAGAGCGCCAUCAACAGCUCUGCAAACACCUCCUCUUCCACAACGCCCCCUCUCUCAGCCUUGAAUUUCUUCACCAAUGGCGGCGGCAUUGCGGCUAGGGGUUUGAAUUCCUUCUUCCCGAUGGCGAAGGCAACUCUUCACGAUCAGAACAGUGCCAUCUUCGCAUCGGGUUUCCCGUUUCAAGAAUGCAAGCCGGCGCCACUCUCAUUCCCCGUUGGAGACGGUAAUGGGAGUCUAUACAACAACUCAAACUCAAACUCGAACAGUGUCCCUCAAGAGGGCGUGAAUGGAAGUCCGAUGUUUGUGUUGGGUGCAACGAGACAAAACUCGAGCGAUCAAGGUCAAGAUAAGGGGCAGGAGAAUUCGAAUGGAUUAAUCUGGAAUGGAAUGUUAGGUGGAGGUUCUUGGUGAAGAAAAAUAACAAGUAGGCUGCUUUGAUCACUUUUUUUCUAAAUCAAUACUUAUUUCUUAUUUUUCUCUUAUCUUUUUUAUUUCUAUGGUGUCAUCAGUCAUGGUUGGUUAGCUGUUUGGGAGUUUUAAGAACUAACAUACAUACUGCAUAAAGUGUUAUGUAAUUUUUACUCUCUUUUUUUCACUUUUUUUAAGUAGUAAUUGAAGCUAGAUUUGUGCGCAUUUUUUUAUGUCUAUGUAUAGCAUUGGAGUAUUAAUCUUGUUUUAACUUUUAAUUAUAUGUUUGAGAAUUA